GCCUGCGCCUGCGCACUGGUACAAAAGGGGCUCGUGCUCAACUCGCGCGCUAGCCGUCCAACUCGCCUCGCCUCGCGCUCAGCUUGCCUGGUUUCUGAUCCCCGCCAUGGAGGAGGCUGAGACGGACGCCACGGAAAACAAGCGCGCCUCUGAGGCCAAACUUGCCUCAGCCAUGCCGCCUCCGCCUCCCAUCUCUCCGCCCGCCCUCAUCCCGGCGCCCGCGGCCGGUGAGGAGGGCCCGGCGUCCCUGGCCCAGGCGGGCGCUCCCGGCUGCUCUCGCUCUCGGCCCCCGGCGUUGGAGCCCGAGCGCAGCCUGGGCCGCUUGAGAGGCCGCUUCGAGGACUACGAUGAAGAGUUGGAAGAGGAUGAGGAGAUGGAGGAGGAAGAAGAGGAGGAGGAAGAGAUGAGCCACUUCUCUCUGCGUCUGGAGUCGGGACGGGCAGACUCGGAGGACGAGGAGGAGCGCCUGAUUAAUCUUGUUGAGCUGACCCCGUACAUCUUGUGUUCCAUUUGCAAAGGUUACUUGAUAGAUGCAACUACCAUUACAGAAUGUCUUCAUACCUUUUGUAAAAGCUGCAUCGUGAGACAUUUUUACUAUAGCAACAGAUGCCCGAAAUGCAACCUAGUGGUCCACCAGACUCAGCCUCUUUAUAAUAUAAGAUUGGACCGGCAGUUACAAGACAUAGUAUACAAAUUAGUGAUCAAUCUAGAGGAAAGAGAAAAAAAGCAAAUGCAUGACUUCUAUAAAGAAAGAGGUCUAGAAGUCCCUAAGCCUGCUGUUCCACAGCCAGUCCCUUCAAGCAAAGGAAGAACUAAGAAAGUCCUCGAGUCAGUGUUUCGUAUUCCGCCUGAACUUGAUAUGUCUUUAUUACUUGAGUUCAUUGGUGCUAAUGAAGAUACAGGACAUUUUAAGCAUUCACUGAGAUUUGAUCCAUUAGAAAAGAAGUUUGUACGUGUUUCAGGAGAAGCAACUAUUGGACAUGUAGAAAAAUUUCUUAGAAGAAAAAUGGGUCUUGAUCCAGCUUGUCAGGUAGAUAUCAUCUGUGGGGAUCACUUAUUGGAGCGGUACCAAACUCUACGGGAAAUCCGACGUGCAAUAGGUGAUGCAGCAAUGCAGGAUGGUCUGCUUGUUCUUCAUUAUGGUCUUGUGGUUUCUCCUUUGAAAAUAACUUGAAGAUACAAGGGUAUACGAGAAACACAGUAAGGAGGCUUCGGCGGAUCUGCAUCACACCAAAGAUUGUCACAAAGCAUGUAACCACCACCACUUUAUGCUGUUAAGAGCUAGCUUCUGUUUCAGCACCAGAACCCUAGCAUUAUGUGUACAACUUGAAACAAUAGAAUGUAUUUGCUACACUAAAGACUAUGUAAAAAACAUUCAUAACUCAGGGGAAAAACUGAAAACACUGAAUUUCCAAAUUCCUUGUGAUUCCAAAUAUGAGGAAGUUGCUGGUUGCUUCCCAUCUUUGUGUUACGUUGGUUGUUUUCCCAAAACUGGGAUUCUGCCUUCUAACUGCAUGGGUUGGGUGGGAAUCCUUCAGAACAGUUUUGCUUUGAAUUCAAAGCCAGUCUGUUAAACCUCGGGGUGCGCUUAGCACCAAAACUACUGGCCACUUAUAUGUUCCUGUCCUAUUCUGGACUUAAAAAAAUUUUCCGAUGAUACUACUAAAGCACUGUUACUCAGCUCUGAGACUGGAGAGACUCUCCUGUUAGAAAUGGCUCUUCUUAACAUCCCUUAAUAUGAGGUGCUUCUUUAUGAUGGUUUAUUUGCAUAUAUCAGUGCCACUGGGACAGGUGUCACAAAAUUCCCUCAGUGUGGCUGUUGAUAAUGGCACUGAUUGUAACAGUAGCAAAACUUUCAGGUGAAUUACCAGAAGUUUACAGAACCCUAUUGUUUCCUCAGUCACUUAGAUUAUCUGGUUCUGUGUUUAAUGGUUUUGUUUUCUAGUCAUUUGGUUAAAGAAUCAGAGUCUUUGAGAACCUUGCUUUCACAAAGACUUAAUUGUAAACAUUAUUUUGCCUAAAAUUAGCAUUCUGAUGCUUUCUAAAAUAAAUAUUUUAUAGACUUAUUUCAUAGCAAAAUUUCCAAAUCUGUACAGAAAUUUAAGAAAUUAGACUUACAUUGGCGACUGUUUUUGUAAAGAAUUUAUGAAUUGUACAUAAAUCUCUUCUGACAUUUAAUAAAAAUUUAUUUUAGCCAA